GCACAGCCCCAACUGCGCUGCAGCCUUUUCCAUCCGUGGUCAAAGCUAUUCCAAAAUGGAAAAGCAUGACAAGGCGGUUCAGGAUUGCCAAAGAGCUGUGAAGUUGGACCCUCCCACCUUGGAGGAGCCCUUGUUGGGGUGGAGACAUGCAUGCGCCUGCGAUCCCGUCCCAGCUCCUAUGUCAGAAUGGGAGAUCGAAAGUUUUGAAGCAAAACAGAAAGCUGAAGCACAGGCCAAGGCAUCCAAAGAAGCGGCUGAAAAGUACGCCCGAAAGGCUAAGGCAGCUGCGGCAAAGAAAUCACAAGAAGAAGCCAUGAGGGCGAACUUGAAAAAAAGUCGAAAAAAGGCCUGAGACUCUUGCCGCGGCCAACGGAGAUUUCCUCGAAACCAGCCAAUCUAGACAAACAAUAUUAUGUUCGAUACACUAGUUUCAGAAGCUAGAAAGCAGAUCGUGGGUUUCACUGCCCAACCACAGGGUUGCAGUCAACGAUGGACAGCUUUGGCCCACUCAGUGGGAGCUCAUUGCUGCGGGAGACAAAGGAC